ACCAAUUCUUCAUUUUAUUUAAUCUAGCGAUUCCUGUUUAACUGAAAUUAGAGCUGGUUUUCUGUCUAACUGAAAUUAGAGAUUUUGUUUAACUGAAAUUAUUGAUGCCUAUUGGUGAAAAUUUUGAUUUUGUUGUGAAAAUGAUGCAUGACUUGGCCAUCUUUUUUUGUCUCAUGAAGUUGUUAUUGAUUUGGUGUCCUAUCUUGUGAUAAUACUUAUCGACCUUAGUUAAUUGUUCAACAUGUAGGUGAUGUUUCCGAUGUCGCCAGAUUCUAUUCCUUCGACAAUGCCUCCACGAUCAUCGAAUCAAGAUGAGAUAGAUUCUAAUGAGAAAGAGGAGGUAUGGAGUGGAUACAAUGAAGAUGAAGAAGAUGUAUCGAGUGGUUCUUCAAAAAAGGAGUGUGAUGAGAUAUGUACUAAUGAAGAUGGAAAAGAGGAAACAGAAAAUUUUGAAGAUAGAGUUGAGCAACCGAAUGAGGGAAUGAUAUUCGACACACCAAAUGAUGCUUAUCUAUAUUACUCAAGAUAUGCUAAAGAAAAUGGGUUUGCUGUGGCUAAAAGAAUUAGCAAGAAGGGAAGAGAUGGGAACUUGAGAAAUGUUACUUUUCAAUGUAGUCGCGGUGGAAAGGCAAAGGUCAAAACUACCAAUCCGGUCAAACCACGGCCACAAACAAAAAUUGAGUGUCCAGCACGCCUUAAUUUUGCUAUAUGUCCGGAUGGAAAGUGGAGGUUAAAUCGGGUGGCCUUGGAGCACAAUCAUGAAUAUAGCCCGGGAAAGUCCAAGUUUUACAAAAGCAAUAGGGUUCUUGAUGAACAUGUGGAAAGAAAGCUCGUAUUGAAUGAUAAAGUUGGGAUUCCGUUGUAUAAGACUUAUGACUCACUUCAAAUUCAGGCGGGGGGACAUGAUAACCUUCAAUAUAAUCAGAAGGAUUGCCGAAAUUAUUUGAAUACUGAGCGACAUAAAUUACUUGUUGAAGGAGAUGCUGAGGCGAUGCAUAGUUAUUUCAUGAAGAUGAAAGCUGACAAUUCUGACUUCUUUUUUGCCAUGGAUUUGGAUGAUAAGGGUCGAUUGAGGAAUGUAUUCUGGGCUGAUGCAAGGAGUAGGGCGGCUUGUAAGGAAUUUGGUGAUGUUGUGACAUUUGACACAACAUACUUGGUAAACAAGUAUGACAUGCCUUUUGCUCCAUUUGUAGGCGUCAAUCAUCAUGGUCAAUCGGUAUUAUUGGGAUGUGGACUCAUAUCUCAUGAAGACACCAAGUCAUUCUCAUGGUUAUUUAAGACUUGGAUGACGUGCAUGUGGGGUUGUGCUCCUAAAGCAAUUAUUACCGAUCAAUGUAUGGCCAUGAAGAAUGCUAUAGAAGACGUAUUUCCUAACACCCGACACCGGUGGUGCAUAUGGCAUAUCUUGAAAAAGGUGCCAGAAAAGUUAGGAAAGUACGAUGCAUAUAAAUCAAUUUCACCUUCUUUGCACAGUGUGGUUUAUGAUUCACUUACAAAAGAUGAAUUUGAGGAUGCUUGGGAGGCGUUUAUCAAAAAGUACGAACUUCAAGAUAAUGAAUGGUUACAUGGGUUGUACUUAGAGAAGAACCGAUGGGUGCCGGCUUUUGUGAAAGAUGUAUUUUGGGCGGGAAUGUCAUCCACACAAAGAAGUGAGAGCAUGAAUUCUUAUUUUGACGAUUACAUCAAUUCGAAAACGACCUUGAAGCAAUUUGUCGAGCAAUAUGAGAAUGCAUUGGCGAGAAAGGUAGACAAUGAAAAAAAUGAAGAUACGAAAAGUUCGCAAUCUUACAUCCCAUGCAUAAUUGAAGAUGGGUUAGAGAAUCAAUUUCAAAGUGCUUACACGAAUGCGAAGGCGAAAGAGUUUCAAGAUGAAUUUGUUGGGAAACUUAAGUGUUCUUAUGAAAAAAAAAUAAGGGAUGAUGUUUGGUCAGAGUAUGAGGCAAAAGAGUGGAUUACAUAUGGAGAAGAGAAAAAGAGAAAACGUGUGUCAUUUAUCGUCGAUUUUAAUGGCGAGACCAAUGAAGCCAAUUGUAAUUGUCGAUUGUUUGAAUUUAAAGGAAUGGUGUGUAGACAUCAAUUGAUAGUAUUCCAUGAUAGGGGAAUUCAAAGAGUACCUGAUAAGUAUGUCUUGAAAAGAUGGAGAAAAGAUGUGAAGAGGGUCCACACCAAAAUUCGAAUCAACUACGAUAACUCAUCAAGGACAAUUCAAGCACGUCGGUAUGACAACAUGUGCAAUCUCUUUAAUGAGGUUGCCGAUUUGGCGGAAGAUUGUGAAGAGAAGUAUGCUAAGGUGAUGGGACGGCUACGGGAGCUAAAACAAGAAUUACUUGAAUCUUCGGUUGUUUGUGGAAGUAAUAUAGUUUUCGGUACUCCUAAUGAUUCCUUUUCAUUUGGAGAUGAAAUUCUAGGUUCCAAAGAGAGUAAGAUCAUCCUUGACCCGGAACCUCUUCGUCGAAAAGGGAGACCGCCGUCUAAAAGAAAGCAAGAUUUUGUUGAAAAAAUUGGUAAGAAGAAAAGAGAACCAAAAAAGAAGACAUUGCCUAAUGAAAAAACGAAGGAGAUUGAGAAUAUUGCGGAUGGCCAUGUGUUUGGGACACAAGAGAGUGUUGGAAAUGUAAAUAGUUACCCAUGCUAUAUGGGGCAAUUUAUGUGGCCCAACAUGAUGCUCCAUAAUAUGCAACCAACUAUGGCACAAGGCGGAGCUAUCCUCCCAUUUUCUCCAAGUAUGGCACAAGGCGGAGCCAUCCUCCCAAAUAUGGCACAAGGCGGAACCGGAGCAAGCUUUGACCAAUUUAUUAGCAACUUCCCAACUUCACAAAACAACAUGCCAAAUUUAUUCAAUAGUGAAGUUUGGAGAGGACAAUCAAGUAUCGCGAGUAGUCAAGUUUGGGGAGGAGGGCAAUCAAGUUUAAUGGAAAGUCAAGGGCAGGGUUGGAAAGAAGGAAAAAUCUCUUUUACAGAUAUGUUGAAUGCAAAGGAUAACGGCAAAGAGUAGAAGACUUGCUUGUUGAUGUAGAAAGUUUCUUGUAUUUUGUUGGAAAGUAAUUUAUAAUG